AUGGCACCCGCGCCUCUGCUGGAGCCCAACGACACUCCCGACAAUACCGAUUUCAAACCUCCGCCAGGUGUCAUCCUACCGCCCAAGGAGUUCCGAACAUUACUAGAAAAGACUGCUGGAUACAUUGUUCGCAAUGGUCCGGCGUUCGAAGCCCGUAUUCGUGACAGCGCAGAGAACAACCCAAAACUCCAAUUCGUCCUUCCCGAUAACCCCUACCACCCUUUCUAUCUAUGGCGCCUUGAAGAGAUUAAGGAGGGCAGAGGAACAGAUGUAGCUGCCGGCCGCGAAGGAGAUGUCGCUGCACCAAAGAAGAAGCAAGGACCUGCAGCUCCUCCAGACUUCCAUUUCUCGGCGCGCAUGCCCAACAUCAGCUCUGUCGACCUUGAGGUCAUCAAAUUGACCGCCAUCUUUGUCGCCAAGAACGGCCGUACCUGGAUGACCACCUUGUCGCAACGUGAAGCUAGGAAUCCCCAGUUCGACUUCCUCCGUCCUCAGCACAGUUUCUACCAGUUCUUCUCGCGACUAGUCGACCAAUAUACCGAGAUUCUGAACACUCAAGGACAACAGCAACAAGAAGUCGUCGCUGAGCUAGAGAAGAACGUGGACAACAAGUACCGUGUGAUGGAGAGCGCAAAAAAGCGUGCCGAAUGGGUCAAGUUCCAGGAAGCACAAAAGGUCAAGAAGGAGGAGGAGCAUGAAGCCGAGAAGCUCGCAUAUGCCCAGAUCGACUGGCACGACUUUGUCGUUGUCGAGACUAUCCUGUUCACCGAAGCAGACGACCAGACAGAACUCCCUCCCCCCACAUCGCUGAACGAUAUUCAGUCAGCAUCGCUCGAGCAGAAGGCACAGAUGAGUCUGGCUCCAUCAGGCAUGCGUAUCGAGGAGGCUAUGCCCGGCCAAGAAACAUACUACCAGCCACCUCCCUCACAGAUGCCUCCACCCAGCUCAUACUCUCCUGCUCCCCCUGCAUUCUCUCCCGCACAGCAAACCGGUUUUGCACCUCCUCCACGUACACCUCAAGAGCAAGAAGAAGACGCCCGUAUCGCCGAAAGAACUGCCGAGCGUCAACGCGCUGAACAGGCUCAGGCUGCUGCUAGAGGUCAAGGCCCUAUGCGUAUUCGUAAUGACUACGUCCCGCGUGCACAGGCUCGCAGACAGAAUGCGGCCACUGCCCUUUGUCCCAACUGCAAGCAACAAAUUCCAUUCAACGAACUUGAGCAACACAUGAAGAUUGAAAUGCUUGAUCCCAGAUGGCGCGAACAGUCUCGCAUUGCUGCUCAGCGCUCAAGUACCACAAACUUGUCCACAGCUGACGUUGCCAAUAACCUUAAGCGUCUAGCAUCACAACGAAGCGAUGUCUUCGACCCUGUUACUGGCCAGGCUGUCUCCGAUGAGGAGGCCCAAAGACGCAAGAGAAUCGAGCUCAGCAGCUAUGAUGGCGUUAAUCCGUCUCAAUCCGGUCCACCUGGUGCAUCAGGCAACCAGCCUCCCGACGUGCAGGAACAGAUUCGUCAAUUGCAUCAAAAGUAUGGACACCAAUAA